AUGGCUUCAGCAAAAAAUUUCUUGAUUUUCCUUUUGGCUGCAUUAAUCGCAACCCCCGUUGCAGUAGCCCAGCUUGUUUCAAUACGUAUCGGUGGGGUUGUGUUUUGCAGCGUUAACAGCAAUUUAGAUGUCAUCAACGGACUCACUACCCAAGUUUUCCCUAAUGCAUCAGUGCAAUUGCAGUGUGGAGCAGGAAAUGUGAUAUCAAGCACAACAACAAAUGGAUCGGGAGUGUUUUCCUUGGUGUUGGAUCCUCUUAUCAAUACUUUGCCAUUGCUAUUGUCCAACUGCAGUCUAGUGGUUCUAACUCCACUCUCAACAUGUAACGCGAGCUUAACAUCUGUUGGGCUUCUGCAGUCACCCUUGCAGCUUGUAAAUACCAUUAUUGGAAGUCUCGGCCUUCGUCCUAGUGUCAAUUUAGGUCCUACUGGUUUUCUACUUAAUCUUAAUCGCAAUUUAUAGUGAACGAGCUUGCCUAGAUAUUCACCUUAGAUGCUAGUGCUUAAUUAGUACUUCUAUGCAUCAGCUAGUUAAUUAACCUUCUUGGCCAGCUGCUUA